GCUCUCGCUCAACACCUCUGAACCCUAACGCCAGCCCCCAAAUCCGUCGACCGCCACCGGCCGCCGCCACGACCAGAUCGGCGUCGGCAUCGGCGCUUGAACAUAUGUGGUGGCGAGCUCCUCCUCAUACGGACCUCCUCUGCGAUCUCUCAGGAAGAGGAGAUGUCGCAAGAGCAAACGGCCAAGCGAGGGUGCCCAGGCGGCCACGCCGUCGCCGUCGCCCUCGCCGGCGACCGGCUAAGCGACCUGCCGGACGGCCUCCUCCACACCAUCAUGUCCUUUCUCCCGGCCCCGCAGGUCGUGCAGACGAGCGUGCUGUCGCGGCGGUGGAGGGACCUCUGGCGCUCUACACCCUGCAUAAGCAUCGAGCAGCCGGACUUCCGGAUUACCGCUGGGAGCCAACGCCACGAGCGGGAGGAGAAAUGGCGCAAGCUCGAGAACUUCACCACCAACUUCCUCUUGUUCCACAACAAUGUUGCGUCCUUGGAUAAGUUCCGGAUAGAUACUGACAGUACUUAUGCUAAUGCACUUCAUGUUCGAGACAUGGAUAGAUGGUUGCGACGUGGCAUCAAAUACUGCCCUCAAGUGCUCGAGAUUCUUGUCUCGCGUCCUCCCAUUCCUUUUCCUCAUAUGGGAGCAAGUUCUUGCCGCCUCAAAAGGCUGCAUCUUCAUGGUUUAUAUCUGGAAAACCAAUUUGCAGAGCUACUCUGUUCCGGGUGCCCUGUCCUAGAAGAUUUGGAGCUCAGGAGCUGUAGCCCAGAUUUUCAAGAAUUUAAGUCGCGUACAUUGAAGAGGCUAGUAAUAGACUGCUGCGACAAUUUCACUGGAGAUCUGGUGGUUAUCACGGUACCUCGUGUUGCUUAUCUCCGACUGGGUAUUUCACCGGGGCGCUAUUCAAAUGGUAUUUUGAUACAUGAGUCGGCUUCUCUCGUCAAAGCAUCGAUUCAUUUACUUUGUCUUGGUGAAACAUUCUCCUUAAAACACCAACGCUGUCUCCUCGGUAACCUAUGCAAUGUGCCGAAUUUAGAGUUGUCGGGUUUCCAGACAAUGGCGAUACUCGUUCAGGAAUCUGCUGAAUUCCCAAUAUUUGCUAACCUGCAAACCUUGUCACUUGAACAAUGUUUCCUUGAUAAAUGCGAUCUCAAUAACAAAUUGGACGCUCUAGGGAGUUUUGUUCAGAAUGCUCCUUGUUUGGAGAAGCUUACUCUGCACUGUUGCAUGUUUGAAGUAGAACCGGAGAAAGAGGGGAGCUUGUGAGGAAAAACAUUAUUCUCCAACGACAGGACCAAAAUACUUUCCGGUGCCUGAAGUUGAAGUUCAUAGAAGUCGUGUACGAGGAGGAUCAUGAUCACCAACUAGUCGAACUUUUGUGGGGAAUCGGGAAGAGGCUACCAGAUGCCAGUAUAAAACUCACCAACUGUUUUUUGGACUAAAAUAUUCCCCAAGCGUUUGGUAACUUCUCCAUGAUUCUCCUUGCAUCCAAGAUUAGACAUCAUGUGUGAACUUUGCACUAGAGCACAUUGAAUGGGGCGCCAGAAGUUGAAUUGUGUGUUCAUUUUGUUACCCUCUUAUGGUUGUCAAAUAUGUUAGCAUGCACACUGAAGAUGCAAUGCUCGAUAAAGUUAAUACUUGGCAAAUUAUAGCACAUUGUUAACAA